CGGGGAAGAGGUGACUUCCGUUUUCUACAGAAACCUUCACACUCUGCAAGGGGCUUCUCUAAGUGACCCGGGCUGCUCUCUCCUCGUCUCACCGACAAUCGCCAUGAAUCCCGCAAUUUAUCUCUCCCUCCUGUACUUCCUCCACAGCGCCGCUGGUGCUGUCGGCAACUUUACCAUUUCCGGGGCCCAGACAGACGUGACGGGGUACGAGAAGGGCUCCAUCUUGCUCUCUGUGUCCUACCACAUGGUCAAACGGGUCAACUGGUUUCAGAUACGAUGGAAUCGCUUUAACCAGACAGUGGAGGGCCACCUGCUUAUUUGUACCAUUAGAGAUGAUGGCUUCGGGAAAAAGACGAUUACAUUGUUCCCGUCUGAUGGCUAUGAGAAGCGGAUGAGGGUCGUUCCGGAGAAUGGAUCUCUGAUUAUCCAACAUUUGAAGAUGGAGGACAGUGGGACAUACAGGGUCUAUAUGAUGGACAAUAAUCAGACCGAAUCUUUUGACAUCAACGUUACGGUCAAAGACGGCCAGACUCAAGGUCUGGAGAAUGCGUUCACCAUGGACAAGGCGCCAUCGCUGGAAGGACAAUUGACCUGCUCUUGCAACAACAGCGGUGUGGAUGUUCCCACCACGGCCUGGAUCAUCUUCAGCAGUCGUCUGUCCUCUGUCCUCAUCACUAUGCUAGUCUUUCUCACCCUCCACAUCCGAGGCAGGAAGGCCCAGAGGCAGAGAAUGAUGUCUCGGCUCUAUAAAUAUCGUUAGUCAUGCCUACUCUUCUGGACCUUGUGACUGCCAAUAUAUGUGAAGGAAGUCCAGUCUUUGACAUAUGAAGACCUGUGAAAAAAUUUGGCAUGGUGCCCCCC